UUGAGUUUGAUGUUAGUAGCAAUGUUGCAAAUGAUUGUUGUUGGUGCUGGUGGGGGAAAGUGGGACCUUUUACGGUCGAACAUCGGGGUGUCUGCGAUGCACAUGCAACUCCUGAACAACGAUCGUGUGGUGAUCUUCGACCUGACUGAUUUCGGAGCCUCAAACAUUUCCCUGCCAAACAACCGGUGUCGCGACAACCCAAAGGAUUUGACACUCCAACACGAUUGCACAGCGCAUUCUGUUGAGUACAACGUGGCUUCCAACUCAAUCCGACCCUUGUUCGUGUACAGCAACACGUGGUGCUCUUCUGGAGCCGCCAUGCCUGAUGGUUCUCUAAUGCAGACGGGAGGAUUCAACGAUGGUUAUAAUACCGUUCGAGUGUUCAAACCGUGCAAUGAUAAUUCUUGUGAUUGGCAGGAAUUUAGCAAUGUCCUCACUCAUAGAAGAUGGUAUGCCUCCAAUCAUAUUUUACCUGAUGGAAGGCAGAUCAUUUUUGGUGGACGCGACCGCUUCUCGUACGAGUUUUACCCGAAAACAUCUGGAGCUGAUCUAGCUGUUGAGUUGUCUUUCCUCAAGGACACCCGAGAUCCGACCAUUGAAAACAAUCUCUACCCCUUUGUUUUCUUGAACGUGGAUGGGAAUAUGUUUGUCUUCACCAACAAUCGAGCUAUCAUGUUCGACUAUGUAAGGAGAGUGGUGGUCAGAACUUACCCUACCAUCCCGGGUGGAGAUCCCAGGAACUAUCCUAGUUCGGGUUCUGCAGUUCUGCUUCCGUUGCGGAUAUCCUCAGGAGCAGUAGUAGCGGAAGUAUUGGUGUGCGGGGGAGCACCAAAAGGAUCCUUUACAAGUGCAAAUAACGGCAACUUUGUAACGGCCCUUAAUACAUGUGGGAGGAUCCGAAUAAACGAUCCAAAUCCACAGUGGCUCAUGGAGACAAUGCCUCUCGCCAGAGUCAUGGGUGACAUGGUGCUUCUCCCCAAUGGAAAUGUCUUGAUUAUUAACGGGGCCGCUGCUGGUACAGCUGGCUGGGGUAUAGCGCGUAAUCCUGUGCUUACACCCCUCGUUUAUCGUCCCAAUAAUCAGGCCGGCUCCAGGUUUGAGGCACAGAACGCCACUUCUAUACCUCGGAUGUACCACUCCAAUGCAAUAUUGCUUCGCGAUGGACGUGUUCUUGUUAGUGGAAGCAAUCCAAAUGCUUAUUACACAUUUACAGGGGUGCUCUAUCCCACAGACCUCACAAUGCAAGCUUAUUCCCCAGAAUACUUAGAUCCACAGUUUGCACCUCUUCGUUCCAACAUCGUUUCACCGGCUUCGCAUUCUCAGCUUGGCUAUGGACAACUACUCACCAUUAAUUUCACCCUUCCUCAACCCACAAUCAAUGCUACUACUCUUACUAUCUCAAUCGUCGCACCUCCCUUCACCACACACUCAUUUUCCAUGAAUCAAAGACUUCUCCUUCUUACCACUUCUAAUGUCACAUCUUUGGGAGGAUCCAAUUAUCAACUUCGUGUCUCCACUCCCAAUUCUAAAAUUCUUGCUCCUCCAGGAUAUUAUCUUCUCUUUCUUGUGUAUCAACAAGUUCCAAGUCCUGGCAUUUGGGUCCAAUUCAAGUAG